CGCCCUAGAGCGGGUGACGGGAGCCGGGACCGCGGCCUCCGGGACCCUGCUGCCCAGGCCGGCCGGGCGGGAGCGGGAGUGCGUGGACCCCACCCUCGAGACAACCGGCACCCGGACCUGCUCCCUCUCCCGUGGGAGGGAAGACCCUCCCCACUGCCGGGACCGCCAGAAGAGAUCGCCGCAGGGCACGCGCUGUCCCUCCCACGCUGGCUCUGGAGGAGACCCCCAGAAGUCGGGAAGGGUAGUGGGACUUGAAGGACCCGGAGUGAGACCGUCCCCACUCCUCACCGCACUCCAGACAGUUCGGGACUUUGGAGGCAGAGAGAAAGGGAGCCAUGCCUGUGGAGUAGGCACCCCGCAUCCCACCCAGUACUCACCGCGGAGAGGCGUCCUGACACGCACAAGCCAGGACUCUCCGGGGAACCGGCAGCAAUCGGUUCCAGUUUGCUGGAGAGUGGAAGACCUCGCCCCUCAACUUCCGUGCACCUAGACAGUGGACCCGGGCAGAGCCCCACCGCUCAGAUCUCCAACAGACAGAAAGAGCCCUCAGCCCCUGAAAGAGCCAGUUUGGGGGAGAGGGGGAUUCCCCCAAGGGGGAGGAGACAACUCCUGGUUGGGAGAGGCUCCUCCCCUCCUCCCUAGGGUAGCAGGCAGGGUGUGGGGGGUGUGCCACCUUCCCCAGGUAGGUCCUCCCUCUCCCACCCCUCCUCCUUCGACUCCUCUUCCUCGGGGGACAGAGUUCCCGGCUCCAGCUUGGGAGGCUCCGCCAGGCGCUGGAAGAGUCACUGAGGAUGAGCCCCGUCACCUGCCUGUGAAGAGGGGAAUCCCUGCAACCACAGACUUCUGUACCAGGUGGUUUCCUCCGGUGGCUGGGGGAACCUUGGAGGCAGCACUGAGGUCUUCAUUAGCUGUCCCGUGGAUGUGAUGGAGCCUGCCCUUUGGCUGCCUUUCCCAGAUUCUCUGUGUAUUUCCUUCCAGUCUUCCAGCAUGCCGAGAAGAAUGUGGCCCAACUCAGGUUCUGCCUAAGCCCAGUGGCACGAAGCCCACCUGGAGAGAGAACCCAGAAGCACAAUGGCCUCCGACCUAGAGAGCAGCCUCACCUCCAUAGACUGGCUGCCCCAGCUGACUCUCCGAGCUAGUAUUGAGAAGCUGGGGAGCGCUUCUCAGGCUGUGCCUCCAGGGGGCAGCCGAAAGUGUUCCCCAGGCUCCCCCACGGAUCCUAACGCCACCCUCAGCAAAGAUGAAGCAGCAGUCCAUCAGGAUGGCAAGCCACGCUACAGCUACGCCACCCUCAUCACCUAUGCCAUCAACUCAUCUCCAGCCAAGAAGAUGACCCUCAGUGAGAUUUACCGCUGGAUCUGCGAUAACUUCCCCUAUUACAAGAACGCUGGCAUUGGUUGGAAGAAUUCCAUUCGACACAACCUUUCUCUUAACAAGUGCUUCCGGAAGGUGCCCAGACCGCGGGACGACCCUGGGAAGGGCUCUUAUUGGACAAUUGACACCUGCCCUGACAUUUCCCGGAAGAGAAGGCACCCUCCGGAUGAUGAUCUGCCCCAAGACUCCCCAGAACAGGAGGCCAGCAAAAGCCCUCGGGGAGGUGUUCCAGGGAGUGGAGAAACCUCACUGCCUCAUGAGGGGACUCCUCAGAUGUCACUGCAGAGCCCCUCUUCCAUGGCCAGCUACAGCCAGGCCCCGGGGUCUGUGGAUGGUGGAGCAGUGGCAGCAGGGGCUCCAGGCCGCGAAAGCACAGAGGGCGCCCCUCCGCUCUACAACACCAACCAUGACUUCAAAUUCUCCUACUCAGAGAUCAACUUUCAGGACCUCAGCUGGUCCUUCCGCAACCUCUACAAGUCCAUGCUGGAGAGGUCCUCCUCCUCCUCACAGCACGGAUUUUCCUCACUCCUGGGAGACAUGCCGCCUUCUAACAACUACUACAUGUACCAGCAACCACCUCAGCAGCAGCAGCAACAGCAGCAGCAGCCGCCACCCCAACAGUCACAGCCACAGCAGCCACAAGCACCUGCUCAGGGCCCCUCAACUGUAGGGGGUGCCCCUCCACUGCACACCCCAAACCCUGAUGGUUGUACUACUCCAGGGGGAAAACAAGCCGGAGCUGAAGGCUAUGGCCCCCCCUCUGUGAUGGCCAUGCAUCCCCCGCCACUACAACAUGGAGGCUACCACCCUCAUCAGCACCAUUCCCACUCCCACCCUGCCCAGCAGCCACCGCAGCAGCAAGCACAGAGCCAGGCGCCCAUCAACAGCACUGGCUUUGGUGAGCACGGAGGGGACAGAGAAAGCUGGGAGGAGGCCUUCCCUCCAGACUGGUGCUCCAAUAUCGACUCCUUAAAGGAAAGCUUCAAAAUGGUGAACCGGCUCAACUGGUCCAGCAUUGAGCAGUCCCAGUUCUCAGAGCUGAUGGAGAGUCUACGGCAGGCAGAGCAGAAGAACUGGACCCUCGACCAGCAUCACAUCGCCAACCUGUGUGACUCGCUCAACCACUUCCUCACCCAGACUGGUCACAUGCCCCCGCAAGGGGGCUCCCACCGACCACCUGCCCCUGCCCGCAUCGCUGACUCCUGUGCUCUUACCAGCGGCAAACCGGAGCCAUCCAUGAACCAAGUGAACUCUUAUGGGCAUCCGCAAGCCUCCCAUCUCUACCCUGGCCCAGCACCAAUGUACCCAAUCCCCACCCAGGACACAACAGGAUACAAUCGCCCAGCACACCACAUGGUUCCUCGGCCACCUGUCCCACCUCCUGGUGCCAAUGAGGAGAUUGCCGAUGACUUCGACUGGGACUUGAUCACUUAAUGAAUCAGAGUGGACAUCAGCCCGCGGCCUGGUGGUGAAUUCUCGCCAUGGGGGAAGAACAGUCCCCGUCCAUCCUCCCCAAACCUGUAUAUAGAUAUAUAGCUUCUUUCCAUUCUCUCUGUCAGAGAAGCCACCGCAAGAUGCUGCCGAAGAUAAUCCCAUUUCCUUCCUCAUUCUCUGUUCCCUCCUAGUUCUUUUAUUAUUAUUCUAAUUAUAUUAUUAUUAUUAUUGGUUAUAUGCUGCCCAAUCUACUGCCCCUCACCGUGGGCUGUGUCCUCCUCUUUCCUGUUUGGAAUCUUCAAGCUGCAAGAUGAGGCCAUGGUAGCCGUGGAGAAAGGUUUCAGAUUCUUGUUCACCUUUCUCUCUGAGAAAUGCAAUGCUACUUCCAACUUUCAUCUCUAGACUAUGUUCUAUUCCUGUCUGUUUCAGGCUGGCCUGAAGAGGCCUCAGCAAGUGGAGGGGGGGUCUAAGACACUGUUUGGCAGCCAUGACUUUGCAGGUUUUAUUCAAUGGUGCUAAUUGUGUCCUCUGAACUCUUCCUUUAUGUACCCAGCCUUUUCUUCUUCUGGUAGUCCUCAUUCUCCGUGAAGGGUAGGCUUGGACAGCGGAGUCGAGUAGAAAGCUGUGGAGAAGUGAUGGGCUGUAAAUCAGCAUGAGGUUAGGUGGCACUGCCAUGUCAGGGCAUCCCUGGCUUCCUCCUGCCAUGUCAGGGCAUCCCUGGCUUCUUCCUGCCGUGUCAGGGCAUCCCUGGCUUCUUCCUGCUGUGUCAAGGGAUCUCUGGUUUCCUCCUGCCAUGUUAAGGCAUCCAUGGUUUCUUUCCGUCUUGUCAGGCAUCCCUGGUUCGUCCAGCCAUAUCAGGCAUCCCUGGCUUCUCCCUGCCAUGUCAGGACAUCCCUGGCUUCCUCCUGCCUUGUCUAUGUAUCCCUGACUUUCUCCUAGAUCACGCUCUCAGGUUAGCUUAUAUGGGAGGGCACGAGGACCACUGUUCAUUAUAGGUUCAACCUCUUGGAAACACUUUCAAUUUAAAGCAUUUGACUUUGGAAAAUCUGAUAAUUAGCUGUGGCUAUUACUGCAUAUAUAAAUUAUCUUCCAUCUUUUCCCCUUCAGCAAAUACUAUUUUGUCUUCCUAUAGCUGUUUGUCCAAAUAAUCCACCUGUUUUAUUUUCGUCUCCCAUUUUCUGAGAG